UCCAGCGGAGCGGGACGCGUCAGGGGCCAGCUCAGCCCGCGGGAGACGCUCCAAAAUGCUCCGCCUGGUUCCCGUCCGGGUCUCGCGUUUACAAAUCCCCAGGACAUCCGCCUGCUCCUGAGCCCCUGAAGCCGCCCUGGUCCUGAGCGCCCGGACACACUUCCUGGGCCAGCUGCCUCCGGGAAGGGGCGAUUGUGAGCUGGCACCCCGCUUCCCAGCCCGCCUCCGCCGGUAGGACUGGGGCAGCCCUUCCCCCGGCAAAGAGAGGGGGGACCCCUGGCCAGAAAGACGGGGGGCUCCGGGGGACAACGCCAGGACAGGAUCAGUUGCAGCGGCGCUGGAACAAUGUGCGGGGGGCUUUGGAAUGGAGGGGGAAAGUCGGGCUUUUUGCUGCCAUUUCAAAGCAAAACGCAGGUUGGCAGAGCCAGGUCCCACGCGGCUGAGGAGCCCGAUGCCUGCUCUGUGCGGUGCCCCAUGCUCUGUGGCAGUGCCAGGAGACAUCUGCCAGAGGCCUGCAGGAUGGAGAGCGCCCGACCCUGCUUUCAGGCCAUACCAGUUGCCCUCUGCCUCCUCCUGGGCAUUGGGGCAGCAGCCCCAGGCCCUGGCUCAGACCCCGUCCUGCACAUGGCUGGGCACAAGGACUCAGGGGUGUGGGUCUUGUGUCUCUCUGCGGGGUGGUACCCAGAGCCCCACGUGCUCUGGAGGAAUGGCCGUGGGGAGACCCUGAGCCCCGAGUCUGAACAGAAACCGCUCAGUGACGACGGCCUAUUCAACGUCUCCAGCUCCUUGGUGGUGCUAGAGAGCUCGGACCCAGCACUGACCUGCACCAUCAGAGCCGUCUUCUCUGGCCCAGAGAGAGAGACAACAAUUCGUAUCACAGGGCUCUUCCCCAGGCAUGCUCCGGAAAUGACGGCCUUUCUCAUCUUUCUACCAGUAUCUCUCUUCCUCGUGCCCUUGGCGGUUUAUCUCUUCCGAAAGCUCCGGGUUCUCAAAGAGGAGACGUCCAAAGAGCGCGAAUGGAGACAAUUUCUAGAUAAAGUGUCCCUGUCAGCAGCAGAGGUGACGCUGGACCAGAGCACCGCCAACCCCUUCCUGGUGCUCUCAGUGGACGGCAGGAGUGUGACGUGCGGCAUCCUCUGGCAAGACGUCCCCAAGAGCGACCGGAGAUUCGACCCCCUCCCCUGCGUCCUGGCCUCCCAGUGCUUUGCAGCUGGGCAACGCUACUGGGAUGUGGAGGUGGGUCAGGGGGGAGACUGGGCCAUGGGGGCAGCCCGGAGAGACUGGGCCAUGGUGGCAGCCCGGGUCUCCAUGGAGCACAUCAGGGCGUUCCGGCUGUCCCCAGAUGUGGGGGUCUGGGCCCUGCAGUGCCAGGAGGGGGAGUGGAGCGCUCUCACCUGCCCUGAGACCCUGUUGCAGCUGGAGUCAGCACCCAGGAUAGUCCGGGUGCACCUGGACUGCGAGCGGGGCAGCCUGGCCUUCUACAAUGCUGGGAACAUGUCACACAUCUUCACCUUCACCGGCUGUUCCCGGGAACCUCUCUUCCCCUUCUUCUUGCUCUGGAGCUCUGGGACGCAGCUCACCAUACUACCUCCGGGGCAGAGAAAGGCCAUGGAGAUGGGCAGGACAACGUGUACAGUAACACCCACACUGGGGGAAAGGCAGGACAGUCUUAUAGAACUUCUGAUCAUGCCAGGGCAGAGUUAAAGGUGUUUGGCUGGGAAUUCCCUUGCGUUCAAAGGGGCAAAAUUAAGAGUGUUAAAUUCCUUUGUCUUCAAAGGGGCAGAGUUAAGGGUUUUUAAACAGGAAUUUCCUUGCAAAGGGACAGCAUCUGUCUUUGCUUCAGCAUCUUUGGUUUGUUUAUUUCAGUUCCUUUCUGAUUCACUUUUGGGAAUGAAAUGAACAGCAGAGAUUCCUGACCCCUGGGAAUGGCAAGGGGCCCUUAACCCCUAUCUGGCCAGGAAAGACAGGGGCUAAUUGUCAUGGUUUGAUCCUUGACCUGCCUGGAGACCGGGGGACAAGUGCCACUUCCAGCCCUCCCUCCUGACCCCGGGAGGGAGGUGGCCUUGGAAGAAAGCAGAGUCUGGGGCUAGUCAGGACCAGAGCAGACCUGCUCUGCUGGUUUGGGGAAGGAGGCAGUUCAGAUGCUGGAAGCUACCGAUCAAACUUUUAUUCCAGUGAAAGGGGAUGUGCGUCUGACUUCUCUCUUCUGGGAGUCAGAUGCACCACUCGGGGUGGCCCUGUGACAGCAGCCAGGCCUGCUUGUGUGUGUGCAUUUACCAUGAUUGUGCACACAGCAUGGUCUGUGCAAAAUCCGAGCCCAACCGGACACCUGCUCCCUGUGUGCAACCCCCACCCCCUGCCCCCGACCGUUACCACGGCGGUGUGGAACACGGAACUAUCCAUGCAAACCCAGUGCACUUAUAGAUGGAGUUGGGUGGGAAUGGGGGGGGCAUUGCCCCCCCAACAUUGUAUAUGUUGAUAGUGGGGGUGGGGACACAAUUUAAAGGUUUGUCCACCCCUGAACAGCUUGAGUCAUGGCCCCCCUGGGCAGGCCCCCUGCCCCAUUAGCCUCAGUCUCCCCUCCCAGAAAGCAGUGGCCCCUCCCUGCAGCACCCAGCUGCUGCUCCUGCCUCUCCCUGCAGGGUGUGGCUAGCAGUUCACCCGGCCUCCAAAGGGGGGGGCUACUCUGAGUCAACAAGAAACCCACACAUGGGAGUGAGGCAGCCCUGCACCCACCCCAUGGCCCUGGUUGUGACGAUAUUAAUAUGAACUGGGACCGUGUAGAUCAUUGUUGCAACCAAAGUCCUGUUGUGGCACCAAAUCUUGUAUAAAGGGGGUCAAAUAAGGUGUCUAAGGCAAGGUUCUGGUUGCUGGUUCUGAUUAUGCUAUCUGUAUGCAGGUAUCAUUUUUGUAUUUAAAGUUACAAGUAUUGGCUCUAUACUGUCUGUAUUUCAAACUUGUGCUAUGCUUCCGGGUGACACCCCAGAUAAUAUGGCGUCAGCACUGCCUAGCCUGCUUGAUGGCCCAUUAAGGACCAUCAGCUAUACAACUGACCCAUUGAGACAAGGCAGAUACAGCUGGUGACUCAGCAAGGCAGGCAGGGACCUGCCUAUGGACAGAACUCUACGGUUUUUCAUGCCAUGUGCUGGGUAGUGUGUCUUUGGGGCAAAGAAAGCAGAGACCACAUGGUAAGAGACUAUAAAAGGCUGCUGCAGCUCCUCCAUCUUGUCUUCAAUCCUGCUUCUUAUUUCUGGGGGGACUUUGCUACAAACUGAAGCUCUGAACAAAGGACUGAAUGACCCAUCCCAGCUGGG